GUGAACCGGUCGCAGAGAGAGAGGAACAACCCACAGAAAGUAAACCAGGAAAUCUAGUGUUGAUUACAGGAGCUGUCACUUUGUCUCGGCAGCUCGGCUUUUGUGUUAGACAUUUUAAAUAUAUUUAAGUGUAAAUUGUACUAACGUAGUCAUAUCGUAUCGCCAUGGCCUCGCUUUUCAAGAAGAAGACAGCUGACGACCUCAUCAAAGAGCAGACGAAGGAGCUGCGUGGUACUCAGAGGCAAAUCACCAGAGACAGAACAGCGCUGGAGAAACAAGAGAAGCAAAUGGAAGCGGAGAUCAAGAAAAUGGCCAAGAGUGGAAACCGCGAGGCGUGCAAGAUCCUGGCCAAGCAGCUGGUCCAGCUAAGGAAGCAGAAGAACCGGACGUACGCCGUCAGCUCCAAGGUGACCUCCAUGUCAACGCAGGCCAAGGUCAUGAACUCCCAAAUGAAGAUGGCAGGCGCUAUGGCCACCACCGCAAAGACGAUGCAGGCUGUGAAUAAGAAGAUGGAUCCACAGAAGACCCUGAAGACCAUGCAGGACUUCCAGAAAGAAAACAUGAAGAUGGGCAUGACCGAGGAAAUGAUCAACGACACGUUGGACGAGAUCUUCGAUGCCUCCGGCGACGAAGAAGAAUCUCAGGACAUUGUCAACCAGGUGCUGGAUGAGAUCGGCAUCGAGAUCUCAGGAAAGAUGGUAAGAGCCCCAGCAGCAGGGAGGAGCCUACCAGAAGCCGCCUCCUCUAAACAGGACACGAUCUCAGACGAGGAGAUCGAGAGACAGCUCCGAGCCCUGGGAGUCGACUAACACACACACAAGCCCACGCACAUGCAAGCAGACACAUGCAAGCACACACACAUGUCCAUGCACAUAUCUUCUCAAACAAACAGAGGAGAAAUGUACCUCUUACCACACAUACAAACACACACACACACACACACACACACACACGCACAGGGUCAUAUUGCCUUAGACAUUGGAGGAGAACAUAGGAUUUUGUUUAUGCAAAACAAUAUUUAUAAUGACCUAGUCCAAGCCUGAAUGUGAACCAACUGCAGGUGUUGAACUAGACCAUGAAAAGACCCUUCUCCAAUCGUCUGUGUUCAAAUAAAGGUCAACUUUUCUUUGAUUCAAACAUUCCCAUAGAUAUACGUCUUUGGCAAAUUUUCCAAAUUUCGGUCGAAUGAGAGAUUACGUUCUCUGGUUUGAUAGGGAUGAACAUAUGAUGAUAUGAUGUUUUCUCAUUUAAACUCCUACAUCUAAGCAUCACUUACCCCUACUAAAGUGACCUUUUUAAUGUCCAUGCCUCAGUAUGUAGCGUUGCAAACCCAAAAUAUAUAGCCUGUAAACCCCUAACAACUGCUGUUUCUAACCAUCCUUAGGUACGCUACUAUAACCAAAGGAGUUGAAAUGACUCUUGACAUAGGCUAGUGUAAGAACUAAUGACAUCCAUGCCCUAGGGCUAAGGGUAAGGCCUUUGCACAACAACUUUAUUAUUUAUAGAUCGAUAGAUAGAUUAAUAUGGGUAAAUCGGGUGAUAAACCAACAAUGAUUUUAGCUUCUUUUCACCAUCUUGUCCAAACACUAAUCUUACAAUUUGUUGUAAUUAUUUACUUGGAAGUAGUAGUUAAAAACAAACAGUUUCCUGCUACUGACAAAUAGAACAAGGUCAUUAAUACUUAGAAAUGUGUUUUUAUUCUCCAAAGUAAUUGGCUAAGUGAUUUGUCUCCAUUUGUAUAAUUGAGUGAAACGCAGGUGUCUCUUAUAGCACUAAUUAUGGGUCUGCUCAUUUUACAUACAAGGGCGGAGUUAGCGUAAUUUUUUCUUCCCUUGUGGGGUCUCCACCCGUGCCCUGGUACAUAAAGGAAGCAGCCCACCUAAUUAGUGUUACGAGCGACACCUGUGUGUGACCUACGAUGACCGCUCUCAGGCAUUGUCGUUGAUAUGAUCCCUUCAUUGCGUCAUAUGUAGACUAAAAAGCCUUCUUCGCUCCUACUCAACACGACCCCGAUGAAAGCAGUGAACCAGAAGUGUACCUCUUAAAAUUACACUGUGAUUCAGGAGAUUUGCUCUUAUCAAUCCUAGCUUUUUCUUCCUCCUUUUUUGUUUAGUUUUUAGUUUUUUUUGGAUGGUAUAUAAUGAGGAAAGGGUUACACAGACAAGAAAUACAUAGAUAUGGGUGUUCCUCAAUUCCCUGGGAUGUUGCUUUCGUUUAUUUAUUUUUCUUUUGCCAAAUUCCACGAUGAUGAGACUGCAUGUUUCUGGCGUUGUACAUUGUAUAUUGGAUUCUGUACAUUAUAAGCCUCAAGGACAUCACUGCCGUCCCCCACACUGUUGCGCAGCAGAAGGGACUACUGCAGUAAUAGCCCAGACCUUAUGUUGAAACUGGAAACAGCUUGGGGGGCUGUCUUGAUUGUAAUGUAACUAUCAUUAUAUUAUUUGUAUUUUACUUUCCUUGUAAACUACUGUAUGUACGGUCCUAUGCCAUUGUACAGUGACUCUAUUAAGGGUUUAUGGCUUUUAUAAAGAAUAAAACUUCUUCAUGUACAAUUUGCUGGUCUGUCCUUUCUUGUCGC